AUGGAAAUUUCAAUAAGCGAAAGGAUUGAAGAACGCAAACGCAAUUAUCAAAAAGGAAUUGAUUUAAGCGAACUGAAAAGAAAAAGAGAUGAUGAUGCUGUUGAGCUGAGAAGAAAACAUAGACUAGCCAACAUCCAUAAGAAACGAGCUGUUUGUGUAGAUGGCAAUCAGAUAGUUUCAGACUAUAAUAAAGAAAACCUGAAGGAAUUCGAGUUUCCUACAAAUUUUGUCCCUACUGAGCUUGCUAUGCAUGAAAAUCGGCUAAUUUCAGCCGAAAUAGCCCCUAUGGAUCGUUUUUCAAUACUACUAGCAAUUAUUAACUCACAAAAUCGUGAAAAUUUGCAAGAGGCUUUGGUUUUGCUAGGGAAGUUAUUGCCCUUUGCUGAUUUAGCUGUCUUCAAUAUGAUUUUUCAGCAAGAAAUCUGUUCUAAACUUAUAAAAUUUUUAUCUGAAAGAGAAAAAGAAAUUCGGUCUGCUGCGGCAUGGUGUAUGAUUAAUCUAUCAUCAGGGCCAAAUUUUAUAGUGAAGUCACUUUUGGAUGGGAAUUUAUUGCAUGCUUUAACACGAGCUUUGAGGGACAAUGAAUUAAAUGAAUUUUUACAUUAUUGUAUAUGAAUCGUUGGAAACUUAGCUGGCGAAUCUCUUAAAGUCAGAGAUGAGGCAAUUAAAGCAGGAGUUUUAGGAUAUUUAGCAAAUUUUAUUUUACAAAACAGUGAAAUCAACGAAAAGCAUUUAUCAACAAUAAUUUGGACUAUCACAAAUCUAUGCAAAGGAGUUCCAUAUCCUCCUGAUCAUGUUUUCAAAGAAAGCUUUAGAAUCAUCCCAAUUGCUCUGAAGCAUAAUAUAGAUGAUAUUCUCUCAAAUUGCUGCUAUAUUCUUUCCUAUAUUUCUUCAGCUGGGGUAGAAUACGUUGAUAUGAUUUUCAAUUCAGGAAUUCUCCCGAUUAUAAUUUUGCUUGUGAACCGAGAAAAUUAUAAAAUUCAAAUUCCUGCCUUGCGAGUCCUUGGGAAUAUUUUUUCAUCAGAAAUAAAUCUUCAUACCCAAACCUUACUGAAUUUAGGAGUGUUAGAUAGUCUGUUUAAACUAUUAGAUAGCUCUAAAAGAGGAAUUAGAAAAGAGUCACUUUGAUGUUUUAGUAAUAUUAUGGGAGGAACUGAUGACCAAAUAAAUUGUGUUUUAGACCAUCAAGAAGUGUGGAAAAUCUCUAAUGCGCUCGUUGAUACCGAUAUGGAAAUACAGAAAGAAGCACUCUGGGUUAUUGGAAAUGCUUCAGAAAGCAAAAAUAAAAAAACUGUGCUUAGACUGUCAGGGAUUUUGCCGCAAUUAAUAAGAGUUUUACAAAAUAAGGAAGCAGGAGUUUUGAAACUGGCUUUAAAAAUUUUAGAAAAAAUGCUUACAGCUGGAAAAGACUGCUUUUCAUCAAUGAAAUACUUUGGGGUAAAUGAAAUUGGGAUAAAGUUUUUUGAGUUAGGAGGUUUAGAUGUACUGGAAGAUUUGCAGUUUCAUAAAAAUUCAAGAAUUUAUGAGAUGGUAGUCAAAAUAAUGGCGGAAUUCUAUGGGGUUGAAGAAGUCCCUGAUGUGGAGCUGCAAACAGAAGAAAUUCCAAACUUUGUAUUCAGUUAA